AUGACGAAUUUCAAAGAAUUUUGGAGGAUCGUUCAGACUUUUCAUAUUUUCGUCAUUUUUGUUCAAAGUUAUUUUUUGGAUGUGAAGAAUUUUACCGUCUAUGAUGGACCAAACAACAGUCUCUUCGGAUACUCUGUAGCAUUGCUGAACAAUUCGGACGGACUCUGGAUUCUGGUUGGUGCUCCGGAAGGUGAAGAUAUCUUUCAGCCUUGGGUGAGGCAGCCUGGGGCAUUAUAUAAAUGUCUUUACCCUGCAGGAAAGGAAAGACAAUGCCAGCAAGUCAAUGUCGACAGUUCAGGGAAUUCUGAAGAAACAGUUCUGUAUCAUCGAAGGAAGAUAAGAUUCCACAGUGAUAAAGAUCAUCAAUGGCUUGGUGUGUCGUUAGACGUUGAUCCCGAAAACCAAUCAAGCGUUCUGAUCUGUGCUCAUCGUUGGAAAGACAGCUAUUUAAGCUUACAUCUAAAUGGAAUCAAUCAUAUGAAUGGUAUGUGUUAUGAACUAGACGCUAGUCUCUCCAAAACAGCCAGAAAAAUCCCGGCUUUGACAAUCCGAGAGCGCUUGGUCAAUCGUCAAAGAUACGCAGAAUUCUCUAUGGGCGGACUCGGCAUGUCGGCAAUAUAUUCUGGGGUGUCAGGAUACAUUAUCAUGGGUGCACCCGGACUCAAUGAUUGGUCAGGAGGAGUUGUACUUGAAAGAAAUGGAUCUAACAAGGAUGACAUCCAUUACAUAGAACCUCCGAGAAGAACUUACCAGGAUUCCCAAAUCGGAAGCAGUCUGGCCGUUGGAAAUUUCUUAUUCAGAACUGUAAAAAGUCUAGCUUUGGGUGCACCAAGAGCAGGAAAGGUUUUAUUUUACGAAUGGAUGGACACAAACAGAGAACCCGUCCAUAUAAUAGAGAAUGAGCAAAUUGGAAUUGGUUUUGGAGCGUCACUGCUGACCUACAGGAUUCCUAAUGAUUACCUGGAUGACAUAAUAAUCGGCGCACCCUACUUUACAUCAAACAGCAUGGAAAACGAAGGGAGAGUCUAUGUUUUUAAAUCAAGAGGAAUUUUAGGGUUUGGACUUGACACAACUCUUAAAGGCGUUCCCUUUGCACAUGCGCAAUUUGGAGCUUCGAUUGGUAACCUAGGUGACCUGAACAAUGAUGGCUUCAAUGACGUUGCCAUCGGUGCUCCUUAUGAGGACAACGGAAGCGGGGGAAUUUAUAUAUUUAAUGGUCAUAAAUCAGGAAUAUGGCCGACAUAUACCCAGCACAUAAAAUCAUCUGAUCUUCAUCAGUCUAUUAAAGGUUUUGGAAUAUCGUUUUCUCGUCCUUCCAAAAUUAACGAUGGAAGAAAGACAGUAGUAGUUGUUGGUUGUCAUCGUUCUAGUCAAGCAGUUGUGUUACAAAGUUCAACGAUGCUUAACAUUCAACCCAGCAUAAAGAGGACAAAGAUCUCAGCUAUGUGUGAACAUUGUGUCCCUUUUCAGAUAUGCUUUCACGUCGAAACAAAACAAGACAACAUCUUAUCAAAUGUUUUCCUGAAUUUUACUGCAACCAUUAGACAGGACGCUGCUCUGAAAUUCGGCCCUUUAGAUAAAAGUAAAACAGACGAGUUUCUUUCAACAAUGAAAGAUUCAGUUUCCUUGACCCUCAACAACAUAUCAUGUUCUGAACAAUACUUUAUAAUAGUCAAAGACUGCUGUUUAGGAGAUGACGAAAUUCAGAUAAUGAUAACAUUUGAACUUUCUAAUGUAACAGCGUCCGUUGUCAUUAAUAAAUUCCAGGGGAAACUAGAUAGACCAGUGCUAACAUCAAGUUUCCCUUACAAGUUUCGGUACAAAGACUUUUGUGGAAUCAGUAGAAGAUGCAAUACUGCGCUGAACGUGAGCCUCUUGUGGGAGAAAUUAGAGAAUGGUCGACACCUUAUCAUUGAACCAGGACGUCUCUCACUGUUGGUGACGUUAUCAAAUCCUGGGCUCUCACUUAACAACAUCAUUUUGUAUCAAGUGUUUCCCCGUGAAAUGUUUUUCCUACAAGCAAUAAACACGAAUUCAAACCGAACACUCUCCUGUACAAUAGAAAGGAAAGAACAAAACAAAGUUUUGGAAUGCCUCGUUGGAAGAAUUGAAGGAAAAGAACAUGUUGUUCUUAGACUUGAGUACAUUAUCCAGGAACCAAAGUCAUACAUGUCGAAUGUUACCGUUCAAAGUACCGUAACUACCAAAAUAGUUCCGAUCGAUGGAAUGAGGGUAUAUCAGAACUACACCGUACAGACUGUUCGGCACAUAUAUGCUAAUGUUAAAAGAUAUUCGAGACCAUCGAAUUUCUUGCUAAUAAACAGACAGAGUGUCUUCGAGAACAGUUUUUCGCAUGUCUUUUACCUUUCCCUGACGGAUCCGGACGAUGUUGAGAAUGUAUACUUCUUAGUUCCAGGUUUUCAGAAAGAACUUUCUAGUUCCGAAGUAGUUAUUCAACAUGGAAAAUCAAAUAUGAAAUGCACAUGGGGCAAUUUUACCCAGAAAUUAAUAGAUCUCGAGUAUUUCAAAGAUGUAAAGAUUUGUAAAUACAUUCACUGCGACUUGUUAUCUUGUGAGCUGACACCACAAUCAAGACUUAUAGUCGUGAAAGCUUUGUUUCAUUUCACACUAAAUUUACAACAUUGGAAGUCUAUAAAUAAGAUAAUGGAGCAAGAGUACACCUCACAGAUGUGCUAUAAAAGCAGAUUUGCAAUACUUGGAGAAAAUCCGAUCUGCAGAAGAGUGACGACCAUAAUGAAAGAUGUCUACCGGGCUGAAUUAGAUGGAAGAGUGCAUUACUGGUUCCUCACUUUAGCCGUGUUUACUGGCUUCAUCAUAUUAGUGGUUAUAAGUUGUUUUUUGUACAAGUGUGGCUUUUUCAAACGAAAAGCUCGCCAGGAAUUGAAACUAAAAAUUGAAACGCAAAAGCUGAGUACCGUCCACUUACUUCCGAAUGAGACAAGUGCCUCUGAAGAGGCAGACAAUGAAACUUUCGUGUUGACGCCAUUUCCGAGCGGAAGUGACGACACACAGGUGAUGACACCCCCUCCAUGUUACAUGGAAGUGAUGCAAAGAGUGUCAAACUCCUCAACGGAAUGCUUCUUCAUCUAUGACGAGGAGGAUGGGUAUUUACAGCCCGUGUUUUGACAGUUGAAUUAUUACAUGUAACUGUGCCACCUUUAUUGUGUUCAACUAAAUAAGAAAAAAAGAAGUCGAUACAACAGUAAGAGUCUCGUUUUGCAUUUUAUUCAGUUAUUGUUUUUCUGUUGAGAAGUUUUAAAUGUAAGCCAUAUAACUGUACUUUUAAAAGUAUUAAUGAAAUUUUGCCAUCCGUAGAGAAUAUAGAAAUACACUUUUAUCAGUAGCUUAAAUAAAGAUGGAUCAUUUGUUCUUCAGACAACAUUUUAUACAUGGACAUCAGAGACUGUUUUCAGUUUAACGUCAUUUUAUAGUGUUCAAAUGUCUUUGGUGAUUCUGAAACACCGGACUCAUUUUGCAAAAAAAAAAAAAAAAAAAAUGCUCAAGUCUGGACACAAUUCGAAAAAUCUGUUUCCAAGAAAGAUACUUUUCAUCUGGGUAUAGUUUUCUUUUGCUUUUUGUAUAACACGGUUUAGCAAUAUCAAAAAAAAAAAUCUUCAUUUCAAUUUUUUUUAAAACUUGACUACAUGGCUUUUGAUGAUUGAAUCAAAACUUUAAAAAAAAUUAUUACGUUAUAAUACAUAGUAUUUGAUUAUAAUAGAAAUUGUUGGAAAGAUACUAUAAAAUAUAGAUGUUGUUCUGUAGAUAUCAUACAACUGUGCAAAAUGAUAGAAGUCCAGUGUUUGUUGAAAAACCUUGUAUAUUCAUAAGGUUAAUUGAAAUAUUUCUUUGUAUAUUCAUAAGGUAAAUUAAAAUAUAUCUAGAAACAAAAAAAUCAAGCUUUUGUUGAAAAAUCUUGUACAUACAAAUUUAAGAUAUUUAGCGCAUAAUGUUUGGUUGUACUUCUUGACCAAUGAAUAAUGAAUGGAGAUCCGCAGCCACAUAUUAGUUUCUAGUCGUGUCAUAGGUUCAUAAAUAUUACGUACAGUGGCCAUUAGAGGAGUUCAAUAUUUAUGAAAGCUGACUCAGUUUCGUCUUCGUACACCGUCCUAUUGAUCUUCUCCUCUUUGACGAUAUCUGCAGAACGAUCUUGGCGAUUACUAAGCUAUUUGCACGACAGUCGUGUCGAGACUAUAUACGCAAUGCAAACAUUGAAAGAAAAAUAAAUGUAUUCGGAUUCGGUGACUGUGUUAUAAUUUUGAUUUCAUAUCGAACUUUAAUAGCAUACUGUAAAUGUAUAACAUUUGGCUGUGUAUUCUUUUUACCGGCUUUGGCGGAACACAGCAAUCGCUAAAUCAAGUACAAAGCUAAAUGCCUUGCACAUGUACACAUAAAUAAGAAUAUGAAGAAAUGCACUAAAUCAAAUCAAUGCUAACUUUUUCAAAAAUCAAUUUCCGCCAAAUAUCGUAGACGCUAAAUAUAAUACAUUUACAGUAUCAUGUUCAUAGCCUAAAAUGACUACUGUUAUCUUCUCUACUCGGUAUUCAUUAGUCCAUUAUUUACACACUGAAUUAUCGUCGGAUUUUUUCCGUUUCUUCUCGAUCAUGACAAGGCGGGAUGUGACCGGUCGGCAGGGGAUGCUCACUCUCCAUGGCACCUGAUCCCAGCUCCACAUAUUUCAUUCAUCUAUGAGUAUGGAGCACACAAAAUGUUGAUAUAUCACUUGACAAAGCCAUUUAUGUUAAAUGGUCGUGAAUAGUCAACUGUAAGUAAAUUUAUUCUGAAAGACACCUUUUGCGCUGCCUGCAGAUCAGAAUGUCAAGAAAGGAUCACUUAGAGUCUGUCUACGUCACUUCGAAUUCUUUCUCCUUGAAAACUGCUAGAGGAAGGGAUUUAAUAAUUUGCUCAUGGAUUGCUUGGAAGAGUGGCUUUUGUAAAAUACCAGAGUUUCGGCAUUCAUAACCUUUGAAAUUUUCCUUGAACCUACUUUUACAAAGGUACAUGUACCAUAAAGUCAAUUUGCAGAUAUUCUUUGUCCUUUGGAUGGUGUGUCUGUGCCUUUUGGCAAGUUAGUGCUUCUCAUAGGAUAUGUUGAAAUAUAUCAGUAUAACCGUCUAACUGACUACGACAUUUGCCUUAUUUUCAAGAAUACUCCGAACCAUUAAGUAAGCUUAUGUCUUAUGAAUUUUGAGAGGUCGGGCUUUGAUGAAAUAUGGGGAUAACGAGCAGUGAUCAAGCUCAGAAUUCCAUUGAAACAAUAAAAAUCGGGAGCAAGGCAAACAAGGACAUCUAAUAGAUAACAGAGGAGCGAUCAGGUGCAAUGGAGGACUAAGCAUCCCCUGUUGACAGGUCACACCCGCAUUGUUCUCAUUUUCAUGAUCGGGCAAACGAAAAAGUCCGU